CUCAUGGACGACGUUGCGAUCGCUAAAAUGGCGAGAUAGUGUGUUGACAUUGGCUCGAGUUCUCGUCGAACCCAGGUGUAGGGAAACCUUAAAUCCGUCAGUCAGUGAUCGCUCGGGAAUCGUGCUCGCGGAAAACAAUGCACUCGAUCAGCUCCAGUUUGCCAAGUUCUAUGGACGUGAGUGACGUCCCAACAUUAGUUAAGCGAGAUCCGGACUGUAGAACAGUCGAUGGCGAGACCGAGGGUCUACGUAUUCUCGAUGAGUUCCGCAAAUUGUACGAGACCCGCAUCGAAAAGAUCGAUCGGGAAUCUAUCGGUGAUUCCGACCGAGUCUCUAUGAAGUUACAAGUGAUGAGCGACUGGAUCAAAGAUUUAGGGGAGCAAAAUGCGAUGUUAGUGCAUACAGUGGAAGAUUUGGAACAGGCUGCGUGUAGUAGAGUUAAGUUACUAGAGGAGAAACUAAAACAAUCGUCGCAAAUAGUUGUGGAUAAUUUAACAAGAUCUGAUCAUUCGGAAAAGGCUUUAAAUACUCUUUCAAAUCGCGUCAGUCAGCUAGAAAAGGACGAGGAAUAUUUACAACAAAAAAUAGAAUAUCUACAAAGUGAUAUUAGAGGAUUAUUGGAGGUGAUUCGUCGUGCACAUCAGCAAAAUGUUUGGAGUCUUGAUGGUAUCAAGUUUUUUGAGAUUCAACCUGAGGAUAUUCCAGUUCCAGACUGUAUCUGCAAUCAGGAGCAGACAGAUACUGAUCAUAUAAAAUCCUUGAAUCUGCAAAUAGAACAACUUCAGAAAAAUGAAAAAAAAAUGAUUAGAUCUCAGUUGGAACUGGAAGAAAACAUAGCAGAUCUUACAACAGAAUUAUCAAUAAAGGACGAUACUAUAAAAAAAUAUGUUUCUAGACUUCAAUGUUUUUGUGAAAAACUUAAGGAACAUGCUAAACAAACGAAUCAAGUUAUUACUUAUCCCCUAGUUUUUGAUCAAGAUUGCAAUAUUAUCUUAACACCUGACAUUCUGGAAAGUGUACUAGAUGCAAAAGACAGAGAAAACAAGAACUUACAUCGACAACUCCAAGAUGUUGAAUCUAAACUUAUGGUAUAUACUUAUGAAAACAAUGUUGAUUCAAUUAAUCUACAAUUACAACUAGAAGAAAAAUGUAAGAAAGUUCAACAACUGGAGGACAAAGUGAUUCGCCUCGAAAAAGAAGCUGCAGAAACAAAAGAUACACUGACGGCGGAAAUCGUGGCAUUAGAAAAACAAAAUUAUCAUGCCAAUAUGGGUAAUCUUUUAAAGGACGACUUGAUUAAAGAAAUGCGUAAAGGAUUGAAGCAAACAACUUUAGAGGAUACGUCUUCUCGAAAAAUCUAUAUUGAUAUGAAUAAUUCUCAGGAGGUCAGUCGAAUUAAAUAUAAACAUAUAUAA